AUGAGAGGAGAAGUCGAAGGGAAGGGUAUAGGGCAAGGGGAAAGGGAGGGGCAAGAGGUGGGUAAUGAGAAAGAGGCGACAGAGAAAGCGGGGGUUGAGAAAGAUGGGAGGAAGAAAGAAGGGGGUGAUAAAGAGGGGGGUGAGAAAGAGGGGAGUGAGAAAGAGGGGAGUGAGAAAGAGGGGAGUGAGAAAGAGGGGAGUGAGAAAGAGGGGAGUGAGAAAGAGGGGAGUGCGAAAAAGGGGAGUGCGAAGAUCAGCGGGGAGGAAGAGGAGGAGAUAAGGGCGAUAGCAGAGGGACAGAGGGGGCAAGUGGGGGAGGAAGGGGGAGUGGACGGGAGAGAGGGAAGGGGAAGGGAUGGCGGUGGGGAUGGGGAGACGAAGGAAGUAGGAAAGCCGAAGGAAGUUUCUGAGCGGGGGACAGGGGAGGGAGACGAGGAAAGGGAGAGAGGAACGGGGGUAGAGGGGAUAGAGGAGAAGGUGGAGGAAGGGAUAAAAAGGGGAGUGGAUGCUGGAGGAGGGGUUGCAAGGAACCGAGAGCAUGGGGGAGUGAAAGGUGGAGAGGAGAUUGAGCAGGUAGAGAGGAGGGAGCAGGAAGAGAGGAAGGAGGAAGAGAGGAAGGAGAAGGAAGAGAGGAAGGAAAAUGAAGAGAGGAAAGAGCAGGAAGAGAAUAAGGAGCAGGAGGAGAGGAAGGAGAAGGAAGAGAGGAAGGAGAAGGAAGAGAGGAAGGAAAAUGAAGAGAGGAAAGAGCAGGAAGAGAAUAAGGAGCAGGAGGAGAGGAAGGAGAAGGAAGAGAGGAAGGAGAAGGAAGAGAGGAAGGAGCAGGAAGAGGGGAAGGAGCAGGAAGUGAGGAAAGAGCAGGAAGAGAAUAAGGAGCAGGAGGACAGGAAGGAGAAGGAAGAAGAGAGGAAGGAGAAGGAAGAAGAGAGGAAGGAGAAGGAAGAGAGGAAGGAGAAGGAAGAAGAGAGGAAGGAGCAGGAAGAGAGGAAGGAGCAGGAGCAGGAAGAGAAGAGGAAGCAUGGGAGUAUUGGCACACAGGAAGUAGAGAAGGAGGGUCGGGGUGAGGGGCAAGAGGAUGAGCAUGAGAGGCAGAAAGGGCGGCAGCAUGAGAGGCAGCACGAGGGGCAGCAUGAGGGGCAGCACGAGGGGCAGAAGGGGUCAAAUGGCGGAGGAAGGGAAGGGUUGGUGGGAGGGGGAAGUGAUGUGGAGGGACAGGAAAUGAGAGAGGGGGGAGGAGGAGGAGGAGGAGGAGGAGGAGGAGGAGGAGGAGGAGGAGGAGGAGGAGGAGGAGGAGGAGGAGGAGGAGGAACAGGAGAAGCCCCAGGAGAAGGAGCAGGAGGAUUAGCAGGAGGAGGAGUAGCAGGAGCAGGAGAGGUGUGGGACCCGGAGGGAGUGAGCGCGGUGCGAGACGCGUACAACAGCGGGGAGCGAUUCUACCUGCUCUCAUCCGAAGCAGACAACUGCGUGGGCCAGUCGCACUUCUCUGAGAGCCUCGCGUGCGUGGCAGCAGAGGCGAGGGCGCUGAAUCGCACGCUGGUGCUGUCGAGCGAGAGGUGCCUGAGUGCCAAGAACACGCUUACCGGGCGUGUGAAGCGGCGGCACCUGGGGCUGUACUAUAACUACUCGCAUAUCAUGAGCCACCAGCCAGUCAUCUCCCUCACAGCGUUCCUUGCGCGGUUCAAGUCAUGGGAGCACAUGGAUAUAGGGUACCACGGUGUGGGAAAAGGGCACUCAACGCAGCAGCUGCAGCAGCAGAGGGGCGUGUUCCUGCUGAUUCGGCAGCCUCAGGAGGGGCGGUAUGGGUUCAUGAUCUGCAACGGAAGCUACACCGAGAACCCUGUGACUCCGGACAAAUCCAUUCUGGUCCCCACGGCGCCACUGCUGAGCAUCAUUGAUGCAAUAGUGGCGUCAAUGGGGGGCGAGGGUCUGUUUUUCUACGUGCAUGUGCGCAGAGGAGACAAGCUCGAUCCGCGCAAGUGGCCUCACCUCGACCGCGACACACGGCCUGAAGCGCUGAUUCAAAAGCUCCCCUCGCUCGCCCCUCUGGGCUGCCACCUGUACAUUGCCACCAACGAGCGCGAGCCGGGGUUCUUCCUGGCCCUCUCUCGUCUCUACCGCGUGCACUUGCUGGGCGACUACCGCGCGCUCUGGGGGCCGGGCAGCGCGUGGGUGAGGGAGAUGCGGGCGCUGAGGCGGACGCUGGGGAUAGGGGGAGGGGGAGGGGAAGGGGGAGGGGGAGAGGAGGAAGAUGUGGAGUUUGAUUCGGAAAUGCAGGUGAUAGUGGACUACGAGCUGGGCAAGAAGGCCCACAAAGCCAUUCGCACAUUCAACGACCUCACAGACGAUCCCAAGGACG